AUGGCGGUCGCCCACGCCUUCCACCAUGAUUCCCGCGCCAUCAGGCCAGCGCUGGAGAACGCGACGGCCACCGCGUCGGUCUUCCUCGCCGAGCACGACACCGCCGCCGGCUGCGGCCGCCUGCCGCUGCUGCCCGGCGCGGUGCAGCGCCAGGCUGCGGCUGGCAACACGGCGUUCAGCGACCCACGCAGCGAGCUCACCUGCAACAACAACAACUACGACGCCACUUGUUGGUCCGUCGUGCCCAGGAAGCGCGCACGGAUCAUGGAGGGGCACCGCGCGCUGCUGCCCGUGCCGCAGGCGUACGCGCCCGGAGGCGGAGAGGAUGCCCAGGGCAGCAGGGUGCUCUGCUCCGGCGCCGCGUCCACCAGCGGACGCCCGGCGGCGGCAGGCACCGCGGCGGUGUCGCAGUCGCAGCACGGCGUCCUGGCCCACCUCUACCGCCACAGAGUCGAGGUCGACGCGCUCGUCCGUAUCGAGAACGAGAGGCUGCGGGCGGGCCUGGAGGAGGCGAGGCGCCGGCACGUCCGGGCCGUGGUGUCGGCCGUGGAGCGCGGCGCCGCGCGGCGCCUGCGGGCGGCGGAGGCCGACCUUGCGCGCGCGCUGGCGCGCAAUGCGGAGCUCGGCGAGAGGGUCCGUGAGAUGGGCGCCGAGGGGCAGGCGUGGCAGGGCAUCGCCAGCGGCCACGAGGCGGUCGCCGCGGGUCUGCGCGCCACCCUCGAGCAGCUCCUCCUCCAGACGCCGUGCGCGGGAGCGGCUGACGAGGAGGGCCAGGGAGAGGUGGAGGACGCGCGGUCGUGCUGCUUCGAGCCGGAGCGGCAGGAAGGCGCGGCCGACGACGACAAGGCCCGUGGCAGUGGCACGAGGGCGGCGUGCCGGGCGUGCGGCGCGGCGGAGGCGUGCGUGCUGCUGCUGCCGUGCCGGCACCUGUGCCUUUGCGGCGGGUGCGAGGCGGUUGUCGAGGCGUGCCCCGUGUGCGCGGCCACCAAGAACGCCUCGCUCCACGUCCUCCUCUCCUGA